AUGAGCGCGGGCAGCGGCAGCGGCGCCGCCGGCGCGGCGGGCACCGCCACCUCCGCGCUGUGCCUGCUGCUCUCGCUCACCGCCGUGGCCGUGUGCCUGCUGCUGGGCGCCAAGACGGCGGAGCUGCAGGGCCGGCUGGCCGCGCUGGAGGAGCGGGGCGCCGCCGGCCACGGGCCGCUGCUGGACGCGCUGCAGCCCCGCGUGGAGCAGCUGUUCCGCGAGAAACUGGGCGAAGGACUCGCGAGGCUGCGGACGGCGCGAGAGGCCCCCCAGGACUGCGUGUGCCCCCCAGGGCCCCCGGGGAGGCGAGGGAAGCCCGGGCGGCGCGGAGAGCCAGGACCUGCAGGGCAGUCAGGACGCGAUGGUUACCCGGGGCCUCUUGGCUUGGAUGGCAAACCAGGACCUCCAGGACCAAAAGGGGAAAAGGGGGAAGCAGGAGACAUUGGCCCAAGGGGUUUCAAAGGCGAGCCAGGAGAGGAUGGAGUCAUGGGUGCCAGAGGACCUCCAGGACCAAAGGGUGAGCCUGGUGUCCAGGGGAAAAAGGGUGAUGAUGGGAUCCCUGGGGAACCGGGACUUGUGGGCCCUAAGGGAGAAAAAGGAAGUGUGGGUCCCAAGGGAGAUAACGGCACAGAUGGCUUCCCAGGACUAAAGGGUGAACCUGGUGAGAAGGGAGGAAUUGGCUCCAUUGGACCCCGGGGUCCCCCCGGGCUGAAAGGGGAGCAGGGGGACACCGUCGUCAUCGACUAUGACGGCCGGAUCCUGGAUGCGCUCAAGGCUGCAGGGAUACACAAAGUGCUGGGUCCACCAGGUCCCCCAGGACCACCGGGCCCCCAAGGCACUCCAGGUCCCAAGGGAGAGCUGGGUUUGCCAGGUCCACCUGGAAUGGAUGGUGAAAAGGGUCCCAAAGGAGCAAAGGGUGACCAGGGCAGCAUGGGGACUAUGGGGCAGAAAGGAGAAACAGGAGAAAUGGGCUCAGCAGGUCCCCCGGGUGCAGAAGGGCCAAAAGGAGACAAAGGAGAAAAAGGAGACACUGGGUCACCAUGUCUGCAGAAUAAUCAUAUCAUACCUGAGCCUGGACCCCCUGGAUUACCUGGCCCUAUGGGUCCUCCAGGAAUCCAGGGGCCUAAAGGUUUGGAUGGUGCAAAGGGAGAGAAAGGUGACAGUGGUGAGAAGGGGGACCAAGGUGACACCGGACCUGCUGGUCUCCCAGGUGCUCCAGGGCUCAUUGGUUUACCUGGUACCAAAGGAGAAAAGGGAAAGCCAGGGGAGCCAGGAUUGGAUGGUUUCCCUGGUCUCAGAGGAGAGAAAGGAGAGAGAAGUGAAAGAGGCGAGAAGGGUGAACGAGGAAUACCAGGGAGAAAAGGGGCCAAAGGACAGAAGGGGGAACCAGGCCCCCCUGGACUGGAUCAGCCUUGUCCCGUGGGAGAUCAUAGCACUGCAGGCAGCAAAAGGGACCCAGGUUUGCCAGGCCUGGAUGGGGUGAGCCCGCCCUGCCCUUUGGGACCAGACGGACUGCCAGUAGCAGGAUGUUGGCAUAAGUGAUCACUAAGCAUGAAGCACAAUAUGUAAAUAAUGUGAUAUAUUUUGAGCUUUUUAAUUUUUGUAUAAAAAAAGGAAAAAAACACUUUUGACAGUAAUAUAUUGACCUUUUUUUAUACUGGAUUCUGACAUUUAUGGACUUGGAAAAUAAUGUAAAGCUCCCAAACCCAUACCAUUGCAUGGUAACACCAGGAUUUGCUAAAGAUACUGAUGACAGUAGCUGAGGAUGAACAGUGUUCCCUGCUCAUGCUGCAGUGUCAACUAACAGUACUGAGCCAGCCUCGUGUGCCUUACUGCAUGAAAGGAGGGCAAAACCUCUGUCCUAAUCUGGCUCUCAACUUCAUAUCUGCAUUAUACACACACAUUAAAAGGAUGAAAAAACCUGGCUGAAAACAAAGAAAAGAAGGAUGCAGCCUUAAAUAUGAAAGAAGCUGCUGUCUACUGUCUGGUCAAACAGGAGAAGGAUUUGCAACCUGUAGAGGAAACAAAGCUGAGCUCCAUCCAUCACUACCUGCUGUGGGCGUGAUGGAAACAGCAAUUCUGGGGCUAAACUGAACACCCUUGACUGCCUGUGGUUAUCUCCUCUACAAUCAAGAGAAACUUUUUUCCUCAAGAGGAAGCACCUGUGGAUCCUGUUCUGGGGUCUGAGCCUGAAGAUGUGCCAGCACUUUGUUACUGUGGAACACAAGUUCCCCAGGAAGCCUCUGCUGCAGCAUUUCAAAACAGAAAAACCUGGCAAUACUUUCAGUGCAGGGAGCUGCAGGACAGGGGAGGCUCUCCUCAAGUCCUUUCUUAAACAACAGAGCACAUAAUGUUGCUCUUGGGGUUCCCAGAAAUUGGGAGUUUUGAGUAUUUAAUUGACUUGGUUUGCGGGGUUCAUUUGAUUUUUAUUUCUUCUUGGUUUGCAUAGUUUUAACUGCAAACUAACUCUGCACUCUCCUCUUGUCUUAUUUUUCUUCACCUUUUCAGUCUCUUUUGUUAAAUUAUCUCUUCUCAGGCACAUCCCAUGCAGAGCAGGGUAAUAUCAUUAUUUUGAUAUCUGCAUAUACCACUGUGGGAUAAAUUAAAAUUGCAAACUAUUCCACAGUUCAACAUUUUUUAAGAUGUUGAAAAAACAGCAAUUGUGCAGCAGAGAGCCAUAAAAAAUAUUUCAAAGAGGAAGAAGAGGGCUUACAGCCGAGUCUGUUCAGCUUACAAUAGAGAUCAAGAAGCAACCAGAUUCCUUUACAGGGAGGAGAUACUUUGUAUUAACAAUUUUUUAAACUGCACAGAGAAAAGAUAUACAAAUACUCAUCCAAUGGGUAGAAGUUGAAGUUGAAGCCACAAACUCAAAACAGUACGCUGUGGAUUUUUAUUGGUAAAACUGGUUAAUCCUAACCAGAUCAGUGACAUAAUUGCUAUCACCUUUAUGCCCUUUUGAUUUAACAGAUCAUGUCUGGAGGAAAUACUUUGCUCAAUACAAGUUUCUGGGCUCAGUGUAGGAGUUUUAGGUGAAAUCAGGAGCCUGACCAUGAUAUCAAACACAGUAUUAUGGCUCUUUGUGGCCUUGGUCUUAGAGAAUACAGAAGGGAGGCAGAUUAGGUGCACUGAGUAGAUCCAAAAGCUCUGUUAAGAGUCUUGUUUUAUUGCCACUCUCACUGUAGCUACUGCCAGAGAGGGCCUGAGAGAGGGAUGUGACUGUCCAGGUGCACCCUGCCCUGUCCAAGCUGACCUAGUGCUGCAGGUCUUGCUCCGAUGUUGUGAACAACAGUGGGAAUGUGCUUUGUGCUCCACACAGGUGGGGUGAUGCCUGGUGUCUGUGAGUUCUCAUCUGUGACCAGGCUCUGGGUGUCCUUGGGCUAUCCCAGGAGUCAGGGUGAGCUUGUGCUCUGCGCUGGUCAGUGCUGGAAUGGCCACCAAGCUCAGGAGAGGUGACAGAGCCUCGGGCUGUAGGCAGUGCAUUUGUCACCUGCUUGGCUGCUCAGGGGCUGCACCUACACAUCACUGGCUUUGUGGCUAUACUUGGCAUCUCUACCAGUUACUCACCAUUUCCUUGGUCACCAUACAGAUUAAAUCCAUGUUAAAUUCAGAUCAACUAACAAAUCAAGAAACAACAAUUAUAUAACUCAAAACAGCAAUGAAAAUGCAUUUUAUUUACUUCCAUUUUAUGUUCUCGGCUAUCACUUUUGGUGUAGGGGUUUUUAAAGGCGUAAGGAGCAGCUAACAAGCUUCCACUGGCCUUUAGUGCUUUUGAAAAACCCCUUUAAUAUCCCAAAUUAAAGCUAAAAAAUUUUCUGUGAAAGGUUGAAGGCAAAUCUCUCAUUGAUGUCACCAGGAAGAUCUGUAAUUGUUCCCUUAAUGUACAGUUGUUCUUCUCAUCUCCCCCAGUCAUCUCCAAACCAAAAGCACUUCACUAUUCCAAACCACACUGUGGGUUUCUACACUCAAAUUCCUGCACAUGUUGUGUUCAUGGAACUUCUUUCAAUAUCAAUGAGAGUUCAGUCCCCAGAAUGACUGCAGAAAGCACAAGAAUCUGGAAGUGUCCACAAACAAUCUACAAUGCAGAUAGAAAAGUCUUGUUUUACAUACGCUGGCAAAAACUAAACAGCUUUCUAUCUAGCUCCUACUUGAAGAAGUUUGAUAUCACUGAAGCUACAAGACAAGCUAACCUCCAAAGCUUAUGAAAUUAUAUUAAAAUUUAUAUUUUCUCUGAGGAAAUACCCCGAAGUCCUAUUAUCUUCAGGUAAACAAGUCAGUAUUCCGUCUUCAACUUGUGGAAUAUCCAGUGCUUGUAGGCAUCAACUGUGACCACUGCCAGGCCUGCAAAACAUUGACACAGAAUACCAGAAUAGUGCUUUACCCUCUCACCCCUGUGCAAGGCCACCAUCCCCCUCCCAGCACAGAGCCUCUGCUGCCACAGCACCCAAGGCCACUUGUUGGUAGUGGAGGAAGGCUGGAAUUACCACUCUAGCACAGGAGUGCAGCUGUAUCCACCCCCACCAGUGCUACAGCUCAGCUACCAAACCUUUUUGUGACCCUCCUUGGAAAUUCCCAGGAAAAGGCCCUUGGUGCUGCAUGUACAAAGAUCAUCUAUGCACGUGCAGCCAGUCAGGAAUGUUCAGGACACUGGACUCACUGCUCACAUGCAGUGGCUUCUCUAGAGCCCUGCUGCUGCCACUCCCAUCAGGAAUGCUGGAUCAUGCUGCACGCUGCUGCCACUUUGGCUAUGAGAAUCACAUGAGGAACCAGUGGGUCUCCUGGAUCUCUCCCCACUCCUUGGGGGUGGUACAUCCACUCUACCACCCCCUGGUCAAAGGAGCAGAGCCCUGUGGAGAGCAGGGGGUGAUCCCAGCAGGGCUGGCACUGGCACCUCGAGUCCUGCCUGGUCCUCAGCUGGGUUGGGGCAUUUGGCCUUUAGACUCUGCCAGUGUCCCUGGCUCCCUGCCCACGGCACAGAGCUCAACCUCAAUGACCUUUAAAGACUGUUCCAAGCCCAGCCACUCUGUGAUUAUCAAUCAUACCGUUCAGAUCAACAGAUUUAGUUGGAGAAACUCUUGGGUUUUGUACUGAUUUCACAGAGUCUAAGAGGAAAUCUGUUUAAACUUCCAUGUGCCUUAUACACCAACAUAUUCAGAAGAGCAGUUGUUAAAUCCAGAGCAGUCAUGAUCUUACUGCAGUGAGUUGAAAAGAUGUGCUUUGCUCUGCAAAUUCAUGCCAGAUCAGUUGGUUAUUUUCUCCUUCCAUAUGACAUUGUUUAUGUGGGUCUUUCUGAAUACUUUAUGAAUAGCUCACGAAGACAAAUUUUACUUCUAGGUAGUACUGGCAGUCUUGCUCAAAUCUCAGUCAUGAUCUCAGCCUUUCACAAACUUUAGGGAGCUUUUUCCCCCAGGAGAUCUCUCUUCUUUUGUUUUCCCCUCUGGUUUGAAAGAAUCUGAGACUGCUUUACAGCAAUUCCAAAAAGCAGCUGAAUGUUACCACUAUAUGUCAGCAGCAAUGAAGAUGACUGACAGAGAGGCUGCUAACGCUUACAAAAUGUGAGUCAGGCUUAGACUGAGCCACUGAUUUUUCUUGAUCACUAAAAUAUUUGGUGUAACUUCAUAAAUUCAUCAAUAGACAUUCUGGGUUACUGAUACUGGGUGAACCUGAAACUCAGACAAAUAUAUUCUUGUUUUUAGUUGACAAAACAAAAUUCCUGCCUCUAAUUUAAGUGCCUGUGAAAGCACAGUGCUUUCUAUGAGGUUAAACCAACUAUGUCUGCUGCUACCCAGGAGCAGAGGACAGUUUUCUGUAAGGCUUGUUCCAUUUCAAACUGUAGCUAAUGACCAUCCUUCCAGUCACCACCAACAUCCUCUCUCUUAACACGCUGUAGCCCAAUGGGUUUUGGAAUCAAAGCUCCCAAACUGAAUGAUAAGGGCACAAGAACUCUCCUGAGAGGCCUAAAAGGUUUUCCAGCCACAAAGCUCUGCAGGCAGGGCUGCCUUGCUGUGCCCCACAGUGACUGAGGCUGGAGCUGCUGCUGCCUGUGGUUGUGGCAGUGCUGGUGCUCCAGGAGGGCUGAUGCUGCAUCCAGCUGUGAGGAUAGGAGUGCUCCCUAAAGCUUCUGGGGAGGAUGGAUUUGGGGAAGAAGGGAAAAAAACCCCAUGUGUGUAACUCCACAGAUGGCAGCUUGAGAGGAACCUUGCCAGAGCAUGAACAAAAUAAUUUGGCCUGUUCUGAUGGAGACAAAUGAGAUUAAUUUAGAGUUGUGCAGCUCAGUCAUGGCUUGGCCUGUGAAUUCAGGAAUAUUUCUUGAGGUUACAAAACAAGUGGCAGAGAAAUCCUGAUCUGACCCCAAACUGGAACUGUUCCCAAGUGUCAAUUCAUCAAUAUUUUAGUUUAAAAACAUCAUAAUCAAGGUAUUGCCACAUGCUUUGUUUUAUUCCCCUAGGGAGUUGCCUCUUCUGUAUGCACUGCUUCUGACACUUCCUGUAUAUAUAAUGGUGAUGAAUUUUUCUGUAUGGAUUUUUCUCCUGUGUAUUUAAAAAUAAGAAUGUUUCUUUUAAUGGUUAGAGAUUUUCUGAUGUGUUUUCUUUUUAGGAAACCAAUACAUGAAAUACUUAGAUGAACUUUUGUCUUCUGUAAUUUCAUAAAUUUAGCAUUUGAAAUCCUUAAGCAAACCAGCAAAACAUGUGGGAGGUUUUAGCAGUUUAAGACAUCCCAUGCAAUGAUGCAAAGUAAUCCAAGGAAAAUGACACCUGUGGUUUUAAGACGGUUACAGUAACCACUACCUUGGAUAAAGUUUUGGUUUUACACUCAGCCAAAUAUAGCAGGUUUUGGGCAAGAAUGCAAGAACUCACACACUGUAAUGCACAACUGAUUAAAAUAAGUAAUAAAAAUUAAUUAAACUAUUAAGAUGCCAUCACGUUUCCAGCUUUCUCAUACUGUAAAUAACUUCACUGGCCUGUCAAUGUAAUGUGUGCAUUGUAAAGGUGAAUGCUGGUUCAAUGCUGCCCUCCAGAGGAGACUUUGUUAAACAGAAGCAAAUUUUAUGCAAAUUUUGUGCUGUGAUAGUGUCUCUUAAUGUACAGCACACAUUACUUUUGUGUAACUCUAUAGUUUGAAUAGACACUUGUAAAACCAGGAGUGCAUGGAUAGAAACUUUAGUUUUUUUCCAAAUCUGAUAUUUCGUUUUUGGGAAAUACAAUUGUAUUUUCACCU